AUGUCAACUUCAGAGGUCUCUCCUGCUUCCUCGACGCUUCGGCCGCGAGAUGCUUCCAAAGAGACGAGCACCACCGCUCAGUCUACCAGCUCUUUCAAGUUUGAGAUUUCUCCUCAACAAGAGGAAUAUCUUCUCGAUAAAUACUUUGAUUUAUUUCAUGACGCCAACCCGAUAUUUUCUCGAGAAAACUUUCUGCAGAAUUACCGGAAUGGGAUAUGCAGUAAAGGUCUUAUUGACACAAUGGUCAUGAUAACGGCCAAGUUGACCAGUUUUGCUCCCGAAAACUCAGACCUAGAUACCCGCAUUGACCAUUUGCUCAGCUCAAACCAUUUGGAACUUGACAUGAUGGGAGACUCACCAACACUCGAUCAAAUGCGCAAAGCGUGCAUUUUGGCAUUUUACGAGUUCCAUCAAUUUCCCGGGGAUCAGUCGUGGAUGCGAAUCGGCAGGCUAACACGGAUUGCCUAUCGAGUGGGAAUUGACAAGCUUGAGCGCCUUCCCACAUUUUAUUCUGAUUGGGCUGCUAUCGGCAAGGCUGAAAUGCAGGAAUGGAGACUGCUCUGGUGGUGUAUUUAUAAAAUGGAUUCAUACACGAAUCUCGCGGCAGGGACGCCUUAUUUGAUUGAUAAGGACUUUAUCAAUACUGCCUUAGUGCGGAGUCAAUCUAACACAUCGUUUUCAAGCGGGGAAUCAGACCAUUUUGAUACCGUAUACUUGCCGACCAGCUCACAAGGGUUGUGGGAGGUGAUUCCUGCGAUAACCACCGAUCCGGAUACAUUCCUGGCAAAUAUUCUCAUAGUCACUGUGGCCGCCAUGCGCGAUAUUGCCUUGGUAGGCCGGCUGUACCACUUACGCGAACAUAAGGGCACGGUUGAAGAGGCAUUUAAAGAAGCUGGAAGACAGCUUUCAGCGUUGAAACUCGCCCUUCCAUUUGGGUGGCUCAACACAGAUCGUAAUGCCUUGGCAGGUGAAACUCAGUUUUAUCAUCAUGCAAGACUAGUCACCAUAUUUCAAUUGUCCUUUACGCAACUGUUUUUGGGGGUUCUGGAUUGUAGAGGUGAAGAAGGUGAUGAAUGGACACGGAACUGGCAAAAAGUCCUUGAAAACUGUCAGAACGUCGCGAGAGCGGCUGCUCAGUGGGACAGCUCCUUUUGUGUCAGGGUGGAUCCAGCAAUUUCUUUCAUCUUUCUCACGGCACUCCUAUUUCUCGAGGUUCAUAAAAAAACCAAUUUUUGCUCUGCUGCCGUCAACAUGGAAGCAAGUAUCAAGCACGAUCAGACCAUAAUUCGUUUGCUCUUGGAUCAAUUUGCGAAGAUCUGGACUUUACCGAGGCUGAUCAUAUUGUCCUUUGAAAGCUUCAGGGAAUCGUUUUCUGGCGUUUCCGGGUCACUAUCUCAGCGACAAGUCAAGGCAAUUUUGCUGAAUUACAAGGGUCCACUGCACCCAAGAUGGGUUCAAUUUCUCGCUUCUGUCCGCACAAUUGUGAAUGCUGCCGAAUAG